UCUUCAGGUCCCACACCGAAUAAUUCAAAACCCAACCACAACACUUUUUUGUUUUCUUCUCUCUGUUAUUAAUCACUUUUCCUUUCCCUCCUUUUUUUCUCUACACAAUAAAACUCACUCUUUUCUUUCAGUUCAAAAACCCGAAAACGAUGUCGUUAGAUCCACCUCCAACAACCGCCACAACCACCACCACAUCAAGACCUACUGCACCGUUUACAAAUCCGAAUCCAAAUCCAAAUUCGAAACCGAUUCAUUAUCCACAACAACAACAGCAACCACAACAACAAGCGCUUCAUGUUCGUUCCCCAAACCCUUUUCUUUACCCAUUCGCGUCACCUUCACGCGCUUCUGCGAAUCAUGCUGUUGGCGGUUAUCCUCCACCACCUCCUCCGUCGCAGCCGCAGCCGCCACUUUUGUAUUCUCACGGCGGCGGUGUUCGUGGUAUGAAUUUGGAUUAUCUAAGUCACGCUUUGCACGUGACUAGACCGCUAUCGCACGUGCAGUUCCCUCAUCUUGCUGCUACUGCUUCGCCUCCUGUUAAAGGGCACCUCAAGGGUACUGCUAGAUCUACGGUUUCUGAUGUCAAUGGCCAUAGAGAUUCAACUGUGAGGGAAAGAAGCAGAGACGAUGCACUAACUGUUGUCAGAGAUCGAAAAGUCAGAAUAACAGAGGAUGCUUCUCUGUAUGCACUCUGUAGAUCAUGGUUGAGAAAUGGUGUAAAUGAUGAAAGCCAGCCACCACAGAGAGAUGUAACAAUGUCACUUCCCAAACCAUCGCCUGCAUCUAUGGUGGAUACCUGUACCUCGAACAAGAAAGAUGAUGAAAAUGAUGAUGAGCAAGAAGAGGACGAGAAGUCUGUUGAGCACUUAUCAACACAAGAUCUAUUGAAGAGACAUAUUAAACGUGCAAAAAGAGUUCGAGCACGGACUCAAACCCCAUAUAUGAGAAUCAAUAAUGUCAAAAGGAGAGUUUUUCAAAGGAUAUGCAAUGACUGCAAAUAAGAAAGAUAUGCAAUGACUGUCAACCAUUUCCUUCAAGCCAUGGAAGAUGGAGAUAGAAAGUAGUAAUAAAAACCGUGAGAUUGCAUCUUGCGCCAGUGAUCUGCCGAUACUCUGGUCCUAUAUGUAUAUAUACAGAUUAUUAGAUGUAACGGUUAUAGACAGGCACCACAAGUACAAGUGAGUUGACUGACUUAAAGGAAAACAAGGCACACAAAAGAUAGAGUUUAAAGGCAACAAAGGAAGAGGUGUGACUUAACCAAUUCCUUUUAAUUUGGCCUUAGGGGGUCAUAUGUUACAAUUUUGAGACAAUAAAGGAUUUCUAACUAUGUAAUUGAAAGCACCAGUAUCUAAAUCUUGGAUUGAACAAAUAUUGAGAGAUUAGCCGUGAAGUUCCAAGAUUGUGCAAUAACAGCCGAAUGCUGAUGAGCUGUCUUGAGUUGAUGUCCAUAAAAGAUAAACACCGUGCGCACAUUAUGUGUUUUCAUCAUUUCGGUGAAAUCAUCGUUAGUCAAAAGGAAUUUGACAUCGUCAAUUGUGGACAAGGAUUUUAUUCAAAUAAUUAGUCAUUGGAAACGUAGCUAAACUAUGAACCACGCCAUAGAGGCGUUGAACAUCAUUUGAUUAAACGCUUUUGGCCUUCUUCCAAAUGUCAUAAUAUUAAUGUCUUGAUCAGUCGUUGAAAAUGUAGCUAAACUAUGAUCCACGUCGCAAUGACAUUGAACUCGACUUGAUUAAACACUUUUGUCCUCCUUCAAAAUGUCAGCUGAUAAACCAAUAAUUUUGUAUCAAUAAACUGCUAAGAGAAAACCAACUGAGAAUUAACCUUCUACUUUGGGUUUGUUCCCGUCAAUGUCCUUAGGACAUUAUAGACUGAUUGCUAGAGAACACAAAGGAUGUUAGUUGCCAGGACCCAUUACGUAAGAGUCUGCCAUUUGAGACUGAAACAAGACAAGGGAGAAAACACACUUAGAGGAAACUGACUUGGACAACUAACCUUCUUAACAAAUAGAGGGUUUGCCAGCGUGGACCAGAAGAGUGAUUACUGGGUGGCUAAUGGUAGCACGUAACAACACUCACUUGUGUGGCAUGCGAGCUUGACGAAUUUGCUCGUGUUGCAGCGUGUGAGUGGAUACUUAGUGGUGACGGUCUGAUGAUUGAGCGAUUGUCAGUGACUGAGCAUAACUACAUUAGUUUGUUGGUUUAAUGUUUUUUACUAUAGCAUUAAAUAAUGCAAACAAGAUUUUAUUUGACAUUAUAUCUCCCAUAGGUCCGUCCUGCCCUGUUUGUUUUAUGGUGUGAUUUGAUGACUGUAAACACAUGUUUAGUGGAAGCAGCUCCCUUCUUUAUAGUGUUACCAGUUCUGUAAAUCUUCUGCAAGUGAAUUGUGAGGAUAUUCUUCUUUUACCUUUUAAUGAGAUACCCGAUAAUGAUGGCUACUAGUCAUUUAAUAUUGAUAGAAAGGAAUUUUUUUCUCUUGGCAUUUAAAUCACUUAAAAUUUGCUACUUAUAUGCUAGUAGCUUAUUUUCACAAUCCUAGAUGUAAUAUUGAAAUGGUUUGGAUCGACUCUGUUUAAUUUUUUACACUGCCAUCAAGUUUGACUGUUACACAACUACCAAAGUUUAACUCUUUUAAUUUUACUUACACAUGAUCAUAUUGUAAUAUUCUCUCAUGCUGAUAUUGGUUCAAAUUUGAACCUUAAUGAAAUAGGGUAAUAGACUGUUUAUUUACAAGCAUUUGCUGAGUUUGCCCCCUUCUCUGGUUUCUCUGAAUCAAAAUAUAUUUGGACUUGUAUUGCCUUUUGUACGAUGAAUGAUAGUCUGUCUUUAGAAUAUUUGAAUUGCUACAUUCCUUCCAAUUCUCAAAUUUUGACUUCUAUGCAGCGUGUUGAAUUUAUUUUGUUACAAUCUUUGCACUAUAAAAAUAGUUUGCUUUUCUUAGCAUGUGCGUAGUUUCCAUGCUUUUGACGUAAGUUUUUGUUCCUGCAUGGUUACAAUGAGUGCCAUUUUAUUUUUCUUUAAUAAUGCUCUCAUUGUUUAGCUAGUUUAGAUCUGAAAAGAACUAAAAUGCUAUAUGUGAUGUUACAUCCUGGAAGUCUUAUAACUUGAUGAUUCUGAAAACGUCCAGAAUUUG